AUGGCACCUAUUAGACGAUAUCUUCGGAUCAGCAAACACUCUGUCCUCGAAUGCCGUAUCUUCCUUGAGAAUCCCGCCGAUGAAUCACGGUGGCUACUUAGAGACAACGACCCUGCCUUACAGCGCGUGUUCGAGGCAGUGAAACCAUAUGUCUUACCGAAGUUGCGAGAAGAGAAUGAAAGAGCACGUGGGAAGGGGAAGAAGAAGAAAAGUGUGAAGGAUGUGGUCAAACAAGAUGAUUUUGAAGUCUCCAUAUUCCUCACUGAGAUACGGACCCGGCAUAAUCUUCUGGUCAAGAACAAGACAUUCAAACAGAAAAGCAGCAAUAGCGGAAAGCUGACCGGCGCCCAUCGAGACACGGUCAUGGUUCAAGACGAAAGCGAUGAAGAGAGCGUCAACCUCGCACACAUCCCGCGUGCUGAAGAUGUGGAUGACGAUUCGAAGGGAGGGUUGAACACGAACGAAGAAGAUGAUGACAAGAAGAAACUGGGUUUCAAGACAACGUAUGAAGGUUUCAGCAUUUGGGGAUGGGUGCUUUGUCUCUUCGUUGAGCGCAAAGGUGGUCCGAAAAAGCAGGCAUCAGAACUCGGAGUAAAUUCUCAGGCACUCAUGCAGGAAUGGAUCGCAUCAACACAGGAGCAGAAAGACGACGACUUUUGA